AUGUUAUCUCAGGAGAUUCAUCGAAACCUGAGUGAGCAGCAACGCUUAUUGUUAGAGAGGCGUGUAUUCGAGCUAGAGAAGCAAUUAAAAAAGACAUCUUCACAUUCUGGUUGCUCAGCUGCAGUGGCCGCACAAAUUAGUGCUACUAUGGAAGUUGAAGUCAGUCAGGAUUCAUUCCAACGUCUUUCCGCUGAGCUCAUUCACCAAAAAGCCGCUUUGAAUGAGGCCGAAGCAAAGCUUGCAGAGCAAAAAAAGCGGCUAGAUGAGGCCAAUAAGUCAGCGUUGUCUGCUCGCGAACAAGCAGAGUCAGCCCGUAAAGCAAUUGCUCUCGAGGAGUCUCGUAGCCACAAUUUGCAGGGCAAACUUACCCAGGCUCUCAAUGGUCUCACGGCGGAGCAGAAGCGGUUGAAUGGUACCCAGGACACAUUGCAGCGCCUCACACGUGAGCUGGAAUCCGCCAAAAAGCAGGCCCAGGUUAGCAUUCAUAAGACGACCUUUAUUUAUAACUUUUUGAUGCUCAACCUGGCAACCCAUUCAUCGUGA